AUGCAACGCCCCGAAGUGGAAAUCCUGCAAAGUUCAGCCGAAGGCACUCGUGAAACCGCACCCAAAGCUGGAAUCUCCGUGACGGCCUCUCGGUCCCUCUCGAUGGCUUCCACACCGGCCGAAACCUAUCCGCAAAAGGAUGUGCCCAGAGUGAAACCCGUCAGUCCCACCAAUCUGACCCACGCGUCGACGGGAGGCGGCAAUGGUCCCACCAUUGGAACGGCGAGUUGCUGGAACGCGCUCCAGCAAAUUCAAGACUCCAUUGUCGAAACCUCCCAAGCCGCUCGAGCGUCUCGCCUGAGUUCCGAAUACUCGGGACAAUCUGCAAUGCGAGCAAAGGUCAAUGACACCCUGGGGGUCGCCAAGGUGGCAUCGGUCACCUGUUGGUCCAAAAUGUCCCAAUUUGCCUGGGAUUUGGCCUUGCCCGAAGUGGAUUCCAACAAGCAUUCCGAUGGUGGUACUAAAUCGAACAAAGUUCCAGCGGGGAUGCAAAAUGUGACGGGGGUGACCAAUGCCGAACGAUUGAAACAAAAGGCGGCCCAAUCCGUCACGGCACCGGAAUUGCCACCGGAAGGAGAAUCAUCGUUGCCAGAAGAAUCAUUGACGGUCGACGAAGACGGAUUGGCAGUGGAGGUGAUUGAGAAUGUGGAUAGUUUGUGA